AUGUCCGAAGGCAGACAGUCCCCUUCACCGCAGCGCCAAACGGGUGCCCAGGUCAACGAUCCUCCCGGUUCCGGGGUACACUCAAAAAACAAGACUUCGGAGCAAGUACAAGACGCAUCCAAGUCACAAUUAGGAAAUUUGUCUUCGAACCCGCGCGGACCGAUGGAAGAUUCACUCGAGAGCAAGUUUUCAAAGGGCACAGGAAAUAAUACAAGUUAG